GUUUUCACCGAUCGCACGUGCAUUAUGUCCAAGUGGCAGCUCAGUGACAAUGCACUUGUAAAAGAUAGAUUAUUAAUAAAUGUGUAAUCUUAUUUUUUCAUUUUACCAGCGUUCUUGCUCAAGUAGACAGUCUAGAUAUUAUUAUAUGUCUGGAUUUCCGCAUCAUUCAAGGAGACCGAAUUUGCGUCAGUGUCCCCUCCGAUCUCAUGAUAUGUUUUCAUUUUUGAAGGAAAUACCUGGUUCAAGUGGGAUCAUCCCAUAUUUCUGACGCAAAUUCAUUGAAAACAAUAAUUAGUGCGUGCCAAAUCAAAAAUCAGAAUGUGAGUAGCAGUGAGGAACUGCGGAUUAAGAAAAACUUCUCCAAAAUAUUCGUCAAGCGACCGGACUUUCUGUCGGUUUAGACAUCCCGGCCAAAUCCUGCCCGACAAUGAUUCCGCGCCACUUUUUCAUCAUACUAAGUGUGUUCUCUGGUUUGGAAGCUUACAAAAUCUUAGUAGUAUACCCCACUCCAUCAUUUAGUCAUCAGCGUCCAAUCAUGGCCAUUAUCGAGAGACUGGUAAAAGAUGGUCAUGAACUGUUCGUCAUCAGUCCAAACGACGUGCCUGGUUUAAAGAACCACAAAAACUACACGUAUAUUGACGUCUCCUUUUCGUACAAAUAUAUUUCUGAUGAGGAAGCUAACGAUGACGAUACAAUGAACUUACAAGGUCAGUUGUCGAAAUGGGACAUUCAGGAAAUCGUAAAACCGUUUACUGACAUCGCAAGGAAGCAAGUUCUCAGUGAGCAAUAUCGGCAUUUUGAACAACGCGUGCUAUCCGAACAAAUCAAAUUCGACGUGGUCAUCGCAGAGACAUUUUACCUACCUUUCGCUUGCUUCAUAUCCCGGAUCUUCCCCGGAUCGGCACCCAUAAUCGCGAUGUCGACGAUAGCAACCGACGCCCAUACGGAGCCCGACAUCGGGAGCCCGACGCACCUAUCCUUCACCCCUGACCUCUUCAGCUACUACACCGACCGGAUGAGCCUUUGGCAGAAAUUCGAGAACUGGUUCUCGCACCACUACCUCCACAAACAAUUCAGGGACGGAGUCGUCGAGGCAGCCAAAAAAUACAUACAAGAGGCACACGGUCCUGAAAAUGAAAAACUUGCGGAUUCGUGUUGGUCCUCUGCUAGUCUCACCUUCGUGGCGUCGAAUCCGAUGUAUUACUAUCCCAGAGCCUUGGGUCCAAACAUCAUUGAACUCGGACCUUUGCACAUAAAACCUCCUGGAAAACUGCCCAAGAAUUUGCAAGACUGGAUGGAUGGAGCAGAGAGAGGAGUGAUUUAUUUCAGUCUUGGUAGCAACAUGAAGAGUAAAUCUCUGCCUCUGGAAGUUCGAGCCAACUUCUUGAAAUUUUUCAAAGAUUUACCAUCUGGUUAUAGAGUCAUCUGGAAAUGGGAGCUAGAUGGGACAAUCCCAGGCCAAUCCGACAAUAUUUUGGCACAAAAGUGGCUUCCACAGGAAAGUGUCCUCGCGCAUCCAAAACUACGAGUCUUUGUGACACAAGGGGGACUACAAAGUUUCCAGGAGACAGUCCACUAUGGUGUUCCAACGGUUGGUAUUCCUUGGUUUGGAGAUCAAGAAUGCAUGGUAGCUAAGAUGGUGGACGCUAAAAUUGGAGUGCAGCUGCUACCUCGAGAACUCAGCUCAUAUGAGAAAGUUAAAUCAGCUCUGGAAGCAGUGCUGUAUGAUGAGAGGUAUUACAAAAAUAUGAAGCGGCACUCGGCGAUAUCUCGUGACUUCACUUCUCAGAGUUUGGAAAAAGCUGUGUUUUGGGUGGAGCAUGUGGCGAAAUUCGGCGGGGCAUCGCAUCUCAGGCCUGCAACAGCUGACGCCUCCAUUUUCCAAUAUUUCUGUUUGGAUUUAAUUUCUGUGAUAUUGGCUUUAAGUUUGUUAAUUUUAUUCAUCAUCUACUGCGUCUUUAAAUUAUUAGUGUCGGUCGUUUUACAAAAAUCGCAGUUGAAAAUGAAAGCAUCUUAGACCGACCCAAAAAAGAUGCGGCAAUGACGACCCAAAAUUUUCUUCUCUGA